CAGGGGGGCAGCUGCAGGCAGUAUAUGCUCUUUGUGCAGGGAGGGGACGGCUGCAGGAGGCUGAAGGGAGCGUGACGUCAUUGUUUUGGCUUCUCCAUGGUAACCACAGAUCCUUAUUUACUCUGCAUGAGCUUCAACUGCCAAAUUCAGAUACAUGAAUAUGUGGCCGGGAGCUCUCACGCACACAAUGUGGUCCUGGUUAGAAGUCCUGUCCUGGAAUAUGGAAACAGAGAUGGAACCACCUUGUGGACGGAGUUUCAUGCAGAUGCUGUGUGAGAAGUACAGCCCAGAAAACUUCCCAUACAGGAGGGGUCCAGGUGCUGGAGUGCAUGUUCCCCCGGGGCCACAAGUGUCACCUAUGAAAGAUCGCCUGAAUCUUCCAAAUAUCCUGGUAUUGACCGGCUGUGGUAUCAGCCAUGCUGGCGACGAGAGUGAGAUCGCUGCGUUUUGUUCCCACGUUUGGGAAUUGGACUUGUCUGGUAACAAGCUUGAAGACUGGCAGGAGGUCAGCAAGAUUGUGUCUAACGUGCCUCAGCUGGAGUUCCUGAACCUCAGCUCUAACCCUCUGCAUGCAUCCGUCCUGGAAAGGCAGUGUGCUGGAACCUUCUCUGGCGUCCGCAAGCUAGUCCUCAAUAACUGUAAAGUGUCCUGGGAGACAGUGCACACAUUGCUGCUGGAAUUACCGUACUUGGAGGAACUAUUCUUGUGCCUUAACGACUAUGACACCAUAGUGAGCUCUCCGGAGUGUUUCCGUUCCCUAAAGCUUCUCCAUAUAACGGACAACAACCUCAAGGACUGGUCAGAUGUCUGUAAAUUGGGCACAAUGUUUCCUUGUCUCCAUACCCUCGUGCUCGCCAAUAACAACAUUUUGGCUAUUGACGAUUCGGGCGGAUCACUACCCCGCCUGUUUCCAAAUCUGCGCUCGAUAAGCCUUCAUAAAUCAGGUAUAAACUCCUGGGAAGACAUUGAGAAACUGAACACUUUGCCCGUGCUGGAAGAAAUCCGAUUACUAGGUAUACCUCUGGUGGAGCCCUACAGCACAGAGGAGCGUAGAAAAUUAGUAAUUGCAAGAUUGCCGUCUGUUUCCAAACUGAAUGGCAGUGUUGUCACAGAAGGUGAAAGAGAAGACUCCGAGAGAUUCUUCCUCCGUUACUAUAUGAAUGUCCCAAAGGAAGAAGUUCCAUUACGUUAUCAACAGCUGGUAAGGAAGUAUGGCAAGUUGGAACCUCUGGCUGAGGUUGAUCUCCGACCUCAGAAUCAAGCUUGUGUUGACAUUCACUAUGAUGAAAAAGUCCAGAAGAUAAGUGUCCGACUCGAUCAGACCGUGGCCGAAUUCAAGAAGCAGCUUAAGACUGUAGUACAAUUGUCCACAAACAACAUGCGGGUUUAUUACUUGGACCACGAGACCCCUUUUGGGCUGGAGGAGAUGAAAUUCAGCACACGGGCUUUACACUCGUAUAAUGUCCGCGAUGGAGUCAAAUUUUACGUAGAGCCAAAAAUCAAAUGACCUUUAAGUAUUGUAUGCACAGGUAUAGCGAUAUAUAUGUGACCUAUGUACAAAUUAUUUUUAUUGUUUGUCUUUGUAAAGUUUUAUUUCUUAUCCCCCGUUAUGCUUGCACAGCUAUGCACUGUUGUCUCUCAGUUGGAGUCCUGCCUUUCAUUUAGAAUUCAAAGAGUUUUCCUGUUUUGUAAAGAGAGUCUGUCAUCUCCAAAAUCUAUUUCAAAGUCAACGCCAGACGGGGUCAGUGCCCCAGAACAUUACCAAACCUUUCUUUUGAAAAUCCAGUCUUCUAGUCCUGAGAAAUGACUCUUUUUAUUUUUAUGGGUUGGGACACCCCGCGCCACCCAUUUCUUGUUUGAUUGACAAUUCCUGAGAUUUCCGAGCUGGAAGCUUUCACCCAGGGGAACCUAGGAGUACAGAGGUGAAUGGAGAGGUCCCGCCUAUGGGGCACCGAAAACCUUAUCUGCAUUUAAAAAAAAAAUAUCAGCAUUUCUCAAGAUUAGAGGACCGGAUCACCACAAAAAAGUUAUGGUUAUGUUUCAGGUCACCUACCCUAAUGAUUUGGAAGUUCACAGACUCCCUUUAAAGGGGUUAUGCAGGCGUAUUCCUCCUCCUGAUCUAAAAUCGGAGAAGCGCCACUGCACACUGGGCCGAGGCAACCAUCCGAUACCCAGUGAGGGUCCAAUUCUAAUUGUGCACAGGACUUGCUGGGCAUCCCCCAAUUGCUUGGCAACUGUCUCCCCCAGCAGUCAGUUGCAUUUCUCCCUACUUAGGUGGGAGAGUGCACCAUUACAAACCCUUUCAUCAUUAUUAAAUGGAAAGUAUCUCUUUUAAUCCCUAGACACUUUAAAAAUCUCCGCUUGCAGUCAGUGAAUGGAAAAAAUCUCGUUCCCAGCCAAAGCCUAAAAACUGGCACUGGAGUAAGGCUUAUUAAGCUAUCAGAGCGUUCUCUUGCAAUGUGUGCCACCCCCGUCAUUUGGACAUGACCAGGACAGGUUUUUUAUUCACAAACAACAAGCAAAAAUAUUAAAAACUGUGAGGAACUGAAACACAAAGUUGAAGAAUGUUAUAUUAGCUUUAUGAUUUACCGUGGUUUCACAGACAUCUUUUUUGGAAAAUGCUGCUGCAAAUGUGUUUUUUAGAGCCCUAAAUCAGAAAUGGGUCCAACAUGAAGGAGACUUGUUCUCCCUUUUGUAUUUUCUAUUCCUUUAUAACCCACUUCUGCUUUUGCU